AUGGGGAAGGUUCAAGAAAGUCAGAAGGAAUGUCCCGAGUUGUCAUUGCAGUCAACACCGGAUCUUGGAGGUGAUCUCGAGGCUCAUCUUGCGAGACUGCGUGAGAGUGCCGAUGAAGUGGCGGCGGCGGGAGGGGACUUUAGGGAACAUCCGUCUGUGUCAUUUUAUCGCGGUAGUCGUCCCGUCCAAGUGCGGCUUCCCCCUCAAAAGGAGGGAGAGACGCAGAAUGUUACGAGUUGUUUACAUGUUAUUGCCCUUCAUCAGGCACUUUUACCGCCGUGUCGGGACGGCACAUCCUUUUCGGAAGAAGAGCAGUCAGCACGACUUUCUAGUCCAGACGGGCUUGAACUGCUUCAGCUUAACUGGAAUCGAUUACUUUGGCUUCUCAUGCCGUCGGUGCAGCUUGGCACGAGGACGGAGGGAUGCACACUAACGGAGGCGGAUCAGAUCAGCGUGAAGAAGAAUGGAGAGUUUACCAAAGACUCUUUGAUUUCUUAUUGUGAGAUGUCUCAAGCAUUGACAUGGAAGGACUACAAGCAGCUUCGUCAUCCCAGCAUGAUGGAUCGCGUACACUACAGUUACGUUGUUUUUCUUCGCUUUUACGGGUGGCGCCUUUACGAUGAGGAGAGUGGCAUAUUGGACCGACACCGGAAUUGGCGGGCACGGUACAAGAUGUUGGUGCCCCGUAGCGAUGUUCAUGACGGGAGCGUCAGUGACAGUGAAGUUACAAUCGGAUUUUAUAGCGCAUUGUCUCGUAUCCUGUGUGUGCUGCUGGAGCUGUGCUUGACACGUUACGCUGUGAAUCUUAUUGCCUUCCUUCUGGAGGAGAUGCAUAAAGGACGACUGUUGUUUUUGCAGUCAAAGCUGGAGAGGUGUUGGCUGCCGCAGAUUCUCCACAGCAAACAGGUGGCGGAAUCGGAGAAGGAGCGGCUGCGUCGGCAGUUGUACCGUCUUGUUCACAGUGAUUCCGACUAG